CCGUGUCCGGAUGUGGACGUGGCACAGAGCUGCAGCAGUUCCGCUGAAUGUUGAAGCUGAACGUCCGCUUCUGACAGCGAGAAGGAUUAGUGAACAACAGCCCGGGACGACGUCGGCUCCUCAGUUUGUCCUCCGUCUCUCACCAGUAAAGGACUGCCUUAACAUUUACACCACUGUGGAGCUUUAGGGAUGAACUGAGGAUGAAUGUAAACCAGCACACUCCAAUGGCCUCUCCAUAUGGCCAGCCCCAGCCAGGCUACAGCCAGCCCGGCUACGCUCCCCUGGACGGGGGAUACGGUGCCCCAUACGCACCUUACAACGGCCCCGCUUCAGCUUAUCAGCAUGGGGCUCCACCGCAAGGUUAUUCUCCUUUCACAAGUUUUCCCUCUAAGGCUGCAGCAGCCAACCCAGUCUCUGACCUGUCCUCUCCUCUUGACUUGGGUCCUGCCAGGGGUCCUCCCACAUCUGGGCCUCCUCCGGUAUCGGCACCUCAACAGUAUAAUCAGUACAGUCACAGUCAAGGCGAUAUGCAGAAUGGACCGCCACCUAUGACACAAGCUCCCCCCAGACCUGCUGCGUCUCAGCCAUACAGUCAGGGAGCUGUGAACCUGUCGGGGCAGCACCCCUCCUAUCCCCAACACUACGGGCCCCCACCCACAAUGCAGCAGGUCACCAACCAGAUGACGGGGAUGCAGAUCGCCUCCGGACCGCCGACCCCCGCCGGGCCAGGAUAUGCUCCACCUCACAGCUCCCAGCCUCCAGUCAGCACCGCUUACUCAGCUGCGCCCCCGCCUUCCUACACUCAAGCUCCUCCCCCCGUGUCCUCUGCUCCCACCCAUGCGCCACCUCCCAGCGGGCCCGCAGCUUCCCAGCAAUAUUACGGAGGCCCGCCGCCUCCCUCUCAGCAGCCAUUCAACUCUUCUCUCCCCCCUACCUCUCAGCAGCAGUUCACCUCCUCCGUACAGCCGCCUCCGCCUUCGCAGCAAACUUUACCUCCCUCCUCCUACUCGGGUCCGGUCCCCCCACCCGGCCAAGCCCCUGCUCCCCCAGCGUCGCAGCCGCAGCAGUCCUUCCCCCCGUCUCAGCCCCCUUUCUCCUCAGCGCCUCCACCCGUCAGUCAGCCCGCGUUCGCCACUGGUCCGUCUCCCCCCGCCCAGGGCUCAUUCCCACCCCGAGCACCCCUUCCCUCCUCCCAGUCCGGGUCUUUUCCUCCCCCCGGUCCUCCUCCAACCUCGGUCACCUCUUGCCAGUACCCAGGCCCGAUGCCACCCCAACAGCAGCCGCCUCAAUCCCAGCCAUCCCCCUACCACUCAGGACCCCCUCCCCCCAGAGCUCAGAUGCCUCCCACUUCCAUGCCUCAGAGCAACCACAUGCCUCCAGGACCACAGGGCCCACCAGGUCCUCCCGGGCCCCUGCAGCAGCAGCAGCAGCAGCCUCCAUCACAGCCUGGCAUGCAGGCGGGAUACCCCCCUCAGCAGAAUGGUGCGUUCGGGCAGGUGAGGGGCCCUCAGCCCGGCUAUGCAGGCCCUUAUCCCGGGCAGCCAAACUACGGAGCGCCUGCACCAGCACCUGCUCCCGCGCCACAGAAAAGACUUGACCCAGAUGCCAUUCCCAGCCCGCAAGCGUCUGACAUGCCGGCUGUGCAGAAAUCAAGACAUAGAAUAGAUCCAGACGCUAUCCCCAGCCCAAUCCAGGUGAUAGAGGACGACAGAGCUAAGAGCACCGAGCCCUUCACCACAGGGGUCAGGGGUCAGGCCCCACCGCUGGUCACCACCGACUUCCAGGUCAAAGACCAAGGGAAUGCCAGCCCCAGGUUUAUCCGCUGUACGGCCUACAACAUGCCUUGCACAGCCGAUAUGGCCAAGCAGUCUCAGGUGCCGCUGGCUGCCGUCAUCAAGCCCCUCGCCACGCUGCCGCCAGACGAGACCCCUCCAUACCUGGUGGACCACGGCGAGAGCGGCCCGAUCCGCUGUAAUCGUUGCAAGGCCUACAUGUGUCCGUACAUGCAGUUCAUAGAGGGAGGCCGCCGCUUCCAGUGUGGGUUCUGCAGCUGUGUCACAGAGGUGCCUCCACAUUACUUCCAGCAUCUGGACCACACCGGUAAGAGGGUGGACUGCUAUGACAGGCCGGAGCUUUCACUGGGCAGCUACGAGUUCCUGGCCACUGUCGACUAUUGUAAGAAUAACAAGCUUCCUCAGCCUCCAGCCUUCAUCUUCCUUAUCGACGUGUCCUACAACGCUGUGAAGAGCGGUAUGGUCAACAUCGUCUGCCAGGAACUCAAGACCCUGCUGGACUACCUGCCCAGGGAGAAUCCAGAGAUGGACUCGGUGGUGCGGGUGGGCUUUGUCACCUACAACAAGGUUUUACACUUCUACAACGUGAAGUCGAGCCUGGCUCAGCCCCAGAUGUUGGUGGUGUCGGACGUGUCGGACAUGUUCGUGCCCCUGCUCGACGGCUUCCUCGUCAACGUAAACGAAAGCCGGCUAGUUAUCGAGAGUUUGCUGGACCAGAUCCCGGAGAUGUUUGCAGACACCAGGGAGACUGAGACGGUCUUUGGACCCGUCAUCCAGGCAGGGCUGGAGGCACUCAAGGCUGCCGACUGUGCAGGGAAGCUGUUUGUGUUUCACACCUCUCUGCCCAUCGCAGAGGCUCCUGGAAAACUAAAGAACAGAGAAGACAAGAAGCUGAUAGGGACGGACAAGGAGAAGUCUCUGUUUCAGCCACAGGUGGGCUUCUACAACACCCUGGCUAAGGAUUGCGUAGCGCAGGGCUGUUGUGUGGAUCUCUUCCUCUUCCCCAACCAGUACGUGGACGUCGCCACGUUAGGGGUCGUUCCCGUCUCCACUGGAGGUUCAGUCUACAAAUACACCUACUUCCAGGCUCAGUCAGAUCAGGAGCGAUUCCUCAACGACCUGAGACGAGACGUCCAGAAACCAGUAGGGUUCGAUGCUGUGAUGAGGGUGCGAACCAGCACAGGUAUCCGAGCAACCGACUUCUUCGGCUCUUUCUUCAUGAGCAACACUACAGACGUGGAGCUGGCAGGCCUGGACUGUGACAAGGCAAUCACUGUUGAGUUCAAACACGAUGACAAACUCAGCGAGGAGACGGGGGCGCUCAUGCAGUGUGCUGUGCUCUACACCAGCUGCAGCGGCCAAAGGCGUCUCCGCGUCCACAACAUGGCGGUGAACUGCUGCUCUCAGCUGGCUGACCUCUACCGCAACUGUGAGACGGACACAAUCAUCAACUUCUUCUCCAAAUACGCUUUCCGUGGCAUCCUGAACAAUCCCACUAAGGCGGUGAGAGAUACUCUGGUCAACCAGUGUGCUCAGAUUCUGGCCUGCUACCGGAAGAACUGUGCGAGUCCCUCGUCUGCUGGACAGCUGAUUCUCCCAGAGUGCAUGAAGCUGCUCCCGGUUUACCUGAACUGUGUUCUGAAGAGUGACGUGCUGCUGCCCGGUGCCGACGUCUCGCUGGAUGACCGGGCUUACCUGAGACAGCUGAUCAGCUGCAUGGACGUUGCAGAGACCCACGUCUUCUUCUACCCACGCCUGUUGCCACUGAUCAAGUUGGAAAGCGGCUCGCUGCCGGUGGCAGUGAGAGACUCGGAGGAGAGGUUGUCGAAAGGUGGAGUUUACCUCCUGGAGACGGGGCUCCACCUCUUCCUGUGGGUGGGAGCCAGCGUUCAGCAGGAGCUGCUGCUCAACAUCUUCGGGACGCAGAGCUUCAGCCAGAUCGACUCAACCCUGACAAGUCUACCAGUUCUGGACAACCCCUUCUCUCAGAGACUCAGAGAAAUCAUCGACUCCUUCAGGGCUCAGAGAUCGCGAUACAUGAAGCUGAUGGUGGUGAAGCAGGAAGACCGAGCCGAGCUCAUUUUCAAGCACUUCUUGGUCGAGGACAAGAGCGCCAGCGGGGGAGCGUCGUACGUGGACUUCUUGUGUCACAUGCACAAGGAGAUCCGCCAGCUUCUCAGCUAGGCUGCCCCACCCUCUCUCAAAAGGUUCCCACCAUCUGUAUGAACCCCCCCCUACCCCACUACCACAGCCACUCCUGGUCACCUGUCACUCUUCCAUGUGAAAGAAAGCGCUUUAUCUUUUUUUUUUUUUUUUUUUUUUUUUUUUUUUUUUUUUUUAACCUAAUAAACUAAAGCUCUCCUUGCUGUCUGUCGGAUGAGCUCCAGAGAACAGCUGGCAGAUCAUGUCAUGUGUGUGAUAGUGCCUGUAUGCGUGUGAGAGAGAGACAGAGAGAGGAUGUGAUGUUAAUAAAGCUUUACUCUGCCUCAAAUCUACUGCUCCAACACAGCAGGAGCUAAAUAACUGACAUGGGAGAGUAAUGUACAUACACAAGUGAACAAUAAUGUAUGCAACAGGCUGAGAGAGUGACGGAGACGACUGGUGUUGACUGUAGUCGGUGUACUGUCUGUAUCACUAGCACUGAAAGGCUGUUUUGGGUGUGUUUACGACGCUCGGAUAGCAAACACUUUUUAUAUGAUUGAAUCCCAAUAGAGUGAAGGACAUCUGCAUACAAAGACGUAAAAUGGAAUUGAAUAAAUGCUGUUAUUUCUGUCUCUUAUCCUCUUAAAUCAUGGCCUUAGUACACCCUCCCCGUGCUGCUCCAAUCAUCCAUAAUGUCUGUGCGUUUGUUCCAGAUGUGAGAGGAUUAGCUGCCCAUUUUUUUUUUUUUUCCUCUCCUGCUGUGUCUCCCAAGUGCGUGCAUUGGAGUUUAUGCUCUAGACUAACAACUGAAAGUGGAGUGUGAGGAGUUCUAGGCUACAAAAAGAAAACAAAACUCUCUUGAUAACUCUCUUGAUACGGUAAUCGGUAUAAUCCAUCUUCAGUUAAGUUUAUUUGGCGCAAACAUCUGGCUCUGCUGUUUGGACUCUGACAAACCAGAUCUGCAUUUCCAUAUUGCCGUCAUGCUUCCGUUUUGAGAGGAAGCUCUCGUUGGUUUUCGAGUCUAUGCAGCACCGACAAUUGAGACAAAAGAAAAGGAAAUCAAUGAGGCAUGCGAACUCUGUCAUUUCACAACGAUGGAAACCCUCCACCUGACUAGUUUCUGUGGAUGAUUGUGUCCGUUGAUGACGUGUAGUGCUGCACACUUUAUAUUAAUCAAGUGUUAAUGUCCAAAAUUGUAUAAAAAAAAAAAGAAGUUUCCAGCAGACAGAAAUGAGCACAGGAUGACAGCAGAUAGUUUGCAAAAAUUUUGUCUCCGCACUGACAAACGUUUCAGUGUGUAAAUAAAAUAUAUAAUCUGUACAGAAUUAAUAGAAAAAUAACAAUUUUAAAGACCUGCCUGAACAGCUGUGGUUUGUUUCUCUGUCACAAAAAUAGCCUAAAUAUAAAAUCAAUGGCUUUUACUGAAAGACGGGCUUUUUUUUUUUUCUUUUUCUUUUUUUUUUUUUUUUGAUAUGUUUGUGUGAGCGUGAGGUGUGUGAAUGUGGGGUCGGUCCUGGUGAAUUUCUCAUGAGGAACAGAGGGAUCAGCCAACACACACACACUUACCCAUGAGAUUUAAUUCAUUUACUGCUUUCUGUUCCUUUUUUAACAACGUGACUCUGUGUUCGGUGUGUGUGUGCAGCCCUCUGUUCCAUCUUUAUGUUCACUGACCUUGAUUGGCCCACCGUCUUGACUGUAAUCUUAAAUUCUGUUCCUCCUUUUCUUUUAUUCUUUUUUUUUCAUUGCCUCUUGGGACUGCUAAUAAAAUGAUUGUUUAAAGUGAAACUUGCCACUCGAGAAAAUUCUGUUAAGUAAAAAAAAUAAUAAUAAUCAAAAUGCACCUGGUCAUGUCUACAGAACCAUUUCUCAUUACAAAGCGUUUUUCACUUCCUCUUCUUAGGCUUAUAGUCUUGAUUGUGGAGGACGUACUGAGAUGUUUUCUGUAAAUAAAAAUAACAAUACCACUA